UCGGUUCACCAGUUCUCCGGUACGGCAGUCGAUUCUGUACUUUCUUUCCCGUCCGCUGCUCUGAAAUCCCUUCGAUCACUACGUGAAAUUUAACGGCCGUUAAUGAUUAUCACUGUAAAAAACCUAACGGGGUUGGUAACAUUGUCAGACAAUGCCGGUUAUUACCCAGUGCAAUCAUUAUCAAUUUCAAUAAGCCGGAAUCUGGAAGCUAUGCUCAGCUUAGCAUUAAAUUUUUGGUAGCAUAGUGGGAUACAAAUACAGAUAGAGUAGCAUCUUAAUAACGGUAUAUUUGCAUCUGAGCUUAUUUGAAAAUCAUCAUUAGUAAAAUGAUCACUGCAAAUUCUACUGUGCUGCGAUGGUUAAAAUUUUUUCUUAUAAUACGGUCAAUAAUUGCCAAUUGUUUUUCAAACAUAUUGGAAACUUACUGGAAAAAUUGUGUAGAUUAUCCAGGUGAAUCUCUAUUUGCAUAGCCGUACGCAACACACGAAUAAGGCAUAUUUGGUUAUAGCAGAAGUAUUUUGACCCCCGAAAAAAUGGCGGCUAUAUCAGAGACACGCUUCACCUGAUAACAGGAGUUCGCUAUCUAGUAUUGUAUAGAUAUCUGUGCAGCAGGUCAUAGAGGAAGAUUACGACAGCAACUGCAGCUGCUCAUCUAGAGCUGUUGAUAAUGAAUAACAUCGUUAUUCGUUAACCCAAAACCUUGGUUAAAACGUCAAAACAAAAAAUAACAAUAACCUCGUACUUUUUCUUCCAAGUAAUAGUUUGUUCCUGUUACUUCAGUAGUAACUGUUAUAAAUCACUUUAUUGUUAUUUUCCCUCAUCACUACCAUGCCGAAAGUUCGCAGAAGCCGGAAGCCUCCUCCAGACGGAUGGGAACUCAUUGAACCAACGCUCGAAGAGCUGGAACAAAAAAUGAGAGAAGCGGAAACUGAAUCUCAUGAAGGAAAACGUAAAGUUGAAGCACUGUGGCCUAUUUUUAAAAUUCAUAACCAAAAAUCAAGAUAUAUUUAUGAUUUAUACCACAGGCGUAAAGCUAUUUCUAGAGAUUUGUACGAUUUUUGCCUCCAAGAAAAAAUUGCUGAUCAAAAUUUAAUAGCAAAAUGGAAAAAACAAGGAUAUGAAAACUUAUGUUGUCUACGUUGUAUUCAAACUAGAGAUACAAAUUUUGGUACUAGCUGUAUAUGCAGAGUUCCAAAAUCUAAACUGGAAGAAGGGCGAAUCGUAGAGUGUGUACAUUGUGGAUGUAGAGGUUGUUCUGGUUGAAUAAAAAUAUAAUUAGAUAAAUGCUUAAAUUAA